CUGGCCCCUAUAACAGCAAUGCAGUGCAUGUAGGUCGGUAAACACUACCUACACAGACGCUAGGCAAGCAAGAGCUCCACGGCCUUCACGAGCGGUAGCAGACGAUAGGUAACAUCAAAAUGGCGUCCGGCGAUGUAACUGUUAGUCUUCGCAGAUUUGACACAAGUCAGCCAUGGGGUUUCAAGCUACAGGGAGGGACCGAAUACGGCCUACCUCUUUUCAUCGCCCAGGUCUCCCCCAAGAGUAUCGCUGGAACCGCCGGGCUGCAGAAUGGAGAUGGGAUCGUGAGGAUCGGGGAUGCGUGUGCAAAUGGCUGGUCUCAUGAAAAAGCCAAAGCCGAACUUAUCCGGGCUGGCAACGAUGUUGAUCUCACAGUGAAGAGAGGUGCUGUGAACACGGCUGACCCAGCAGUGAGGGCCGCAGGACAGCAGGCAGCGUCCCCCAGGGUGGAGCUGGACGAGGGGAGCAUCAACCCCCACAUGAACGAGGGGUCCGCCUACAGGGACGUCAAGCCCAAGACAUACCAGAUCCUGGAACAACAGUUGUCAGGAAGCACGCCCCCUCCUUCCGCCCUGGGGCGAGGCAAGGGGCGGCAGGCCGGAGGAGGGGGUGGCGGUGCGGGACCGUCCUCCAUUUUUGAUCGGAAGAAGCAAGAGCGGUCUGGCUACCUCCAAGCCCAGGGCAAGACGAUUCAGAAGGCUUAUGGUGAACAAUAAAAAGCAAAGCAUGUGAUAUGUAGACAUCAAUGGCGGAAGUGUUUUCUUGGAAUCGGGGCUCUAGAUCUAUUGCCGUUCUGAAGAAAUCGUUCCACUUUGAGGACUUCUAUGGUGCAAUUCUCCACAAGGGAUUACCAUGACAAUAACUUUUAUAUUCCCUGCAUAAUGAUGGAACAAUAUUAUGUCGGAUGUUGAGUAAUGGUUCCAUUUAUCUCCCCCCAACAACCCUACUAGCCUACCCCCACACCACUCCCUAGGGUAACGUGUACACCUUCCCUAUUUAGAAUCUCAAUGCAUAUCUAACCAUUGUCCAUGUAAUGCGCACAUCAAUGUAGGGGUCUUGCAGGGAGUCUAUAUCUUUUAUAUAUUCUCCCUGGCUCUUAGAAGGAGUUUAAAGCUUGAUGUUGAAUAUAAAAAAAUAUGUCCUGAAGAUCAGGAGCGGGAUAUCAAACUUUCAAACUGCUCCCUCAAUAAUAUAGUCAUAAUUGAUUGUUUACAUCAUAGGGAAGGGGACACACUUCUACAUUGUACUUUGAGUACAGUAACAUGAUCUUUCAAAAGCUUUUGGCGAAUGUGCCGUAGCUAUUUAAAGCAUUUGCUUGUCAAGCUAAAAACCAAAUCUGAUACCUUACAUGGGUGUACACAAUAUUGCUAGAAGCAAAGUAACAUCAUGGUCGUUUACUCACUCAAAAAUUCAAAAGACUUAAUAGCUUGAACACGUCGCAAGGGAAUAUCUCUUGAGAGUCCAUUCUCAAAUAUAUCCUUUAUCAUCCAGGGUAAAGUAUCUCCACCUUAUGAUAAACAAACAGCAUUAGGAAUUGGCAUUAGUCCUAUAGUCCUUGCCAAACUACCCAGUCGUUAAGGUAUCAUAAGGACUUGUAAAGAUUUGUCGUUUUUAAGGUUUAAAUGUUUAUUGUAACCGACCCGUGAAGAUCCGGGAUAGAAUAGGUCUUCAGCAACCAAUGCUUGCCGUAAAAGGCCACUGUGCUAGUCAUAAGAGGCGACUAACUGAGUUGGUUGAUGCAUGUCAUUGAUCCCAAUUGCGUGGAUCGAUGUUCAUGAUGUUAAUCACUGGAUUGUCUGGUCCAGCGUUAAACAACAAACAAACAAACAAAAUUUAUUGUAACCGAUUGGAAAUAUAGUACGCUGGAUAAUCGCGGAUAUAAUAGUGCCAGAUUUGGCCCCAGGACGAGUCUCUGUAAGUGGGGUCCACACAGAAAGGCGCUAUCACGGAAAAUGUCACUUCAUUGACACUUCAUGCAUUAAAUUCAUCACCAAUCCCACCACACAACCUGCUUUAUUUUAUAGUUAGCACCACUCCCCAAAUAGUUUUGAAUAAUGAAUUUCCUUGUUUUAUAUGUGUGGUUGGUUGUUGUGUUCUGCAAUUACAGAUUAUUCAAAUAUAUUUACAAAUAUAAGCCUGUUAUGAUACAGUCAUCCCCCGAUAUAACACAGAGGGACACAGGGAACAGUGGGGUAUCACCAGGGAAUUCCCAUAAUAUGUAUAAAGUGACACUAAAAAGUUGUUCGGUUAUUGGAACCUAAACCACAAACAGAAAGUAACAUUUGAUGGUUUGAAUUAUUUUUAUUUACUUUAUUAAUUAAUUUUAUAAAUGAUAAUUAAUCAAAUGCAUUCUAUAUAUUCUGUGAUUACAACAAACACCUUGUUAUGUGAGAAGUAAAUCCAUUCACAUAUUAUCGUCAAAAUAUCAGUCAAUUAAACAAAAUAUUAAAGAAGUGUGGUAUAAGUUUUAUAUAGACCUGAUAUACCAAGCCCAAUCCUGAUCUCUCUAGCGUGAUAAUUAACAUGACUGUUUAGGGGGAUAAUGUGUCAUGACAGUUUGGGGGGAUAAUGUAACAUGACAGUUUGCGGGGAUAAUGUGUCAUGACAGUUUGGGGGGAUAAUGUAACAUGACAGUUUUGGGGGGAUAAUGUGACAUGACAGUUUGGGGGGAUAAUGUUACAUGACAGUUUGGGGGAUAAUGUGACAUGACAGUUUGGGGGGAUAAUGUUACAUGACAGUUUGGGGGGAUAAUGUAACAUGACAGUUGGGGGGAAUAAUGAACUUUGGAAUAAACUGAUUGGAGGGUUCCUUGGAGUUUGUAAUAUCCGGAGUUGACUGGAAUUUUUUUAAAUGUUGUAUUAAAUGAAUAUGUUGACUAUUCAUAUAUUUUAUAAAAAUGGCGUGCCUAUAAAAUAUUAGGUCAUUAAACUUAAACAGUCCUGGAGCAGUUUAAGUAUAGGAUAGAGCAUUGUAAGUCUCAGGUUGUGAUGUACAAUAAGUAUAUGUGUGAAUAUCACUUCUCUUUUCCUUGUUAAUAACUGUCUUGAACAAACAUGUACAUAUGAAUUCAAUAUACAAUGGAAACGGUUUAUUUAAACAUAAACAUUUUAAACAAAAUAAUGCAAAUAAUUUACACAUAUUUAUUUUUUGCAGUAAAUUGCAAGUGAGUGUGAAGUGUCUUGUCUACCAAUCAUGCAAAAUCCAGUUUGGCAAAAUCUAAUAAACUCAAUUAAUAAAAAUUGACAUUCUCCGAGUAUAUUGACCGCCAUAUGAAACUAAUCAGAAUUAAAUGUAAAUACAUGUAAUACAUCCCACGUUGAAACUACUCCACGAAGCCCUGGGUUUUGCAUGGUGUACAUACCUAUGUUGCUUGUUUCUUAUACACCUAUAGUGUUCAUCUGUCUGGAAUUAAUUCCAGGUUCUUGCUAUGUUCUUGAAAUCUUUUCAUGCAAUAAAUAUCUUUAUCAGCUA